AGAGAAAGAGAGAGAGAGAGAGAGAAGAGGUGAAGGGGUAGAGUGAGAAAGAGGAGGGGAUAAUUUUUAAAGCAGGCCUAGUAGUAUCUUGUGUUGCCAGUAGAAACUAUUCAACUGGAAAAGGACAGCAAGGCUUGGAGAGACCCAGAUAUAUAUUACAGUAGAGAGAGAGAGAGAGAGAGGGAGAGGGAGAGGCUGAUCCAUUGUAACAGCUGCCAGGAACUGUGAGAAGGCACUUUGUCCAGACUACAGUGCUACAGACCCUCUCCUCAUCAUGGGCAAAUCAGCCUCCAGGCUGUUUUGUGAGGAGGUGCUGAAGAGUCACAAUGAUUACAGAAGGAAGCACCAGGCUCCACCACUGAAGCUCAGCAAGAAGCUGUGCACAGAGGCAGCGAGAUAUGCAGAGAGUCUGGCCAGCACCAGGAUCCUGAAGCACAGUGUUGAGUCCAGCAGAGGAAGCUGUGGAGAAAACCUAGCCUGGGCAUCUUACGACCAGCCCGGUAAGGAUGUGUCUGACCGCUGGUAUAAUGAGGUGAAUCAGUACAACUUCAACCAGCCUGGCUUCUCCUCUGCCACCGGUCACUUCACUGCCAUGGUGUGGAAGAGCUCGAAGAAGCUGGGCGUGGGUAAAGCCGUGGCAUCAGAUGGUUCCACCUUUGUGGUGGCUCGAUACUUUCCAGCAGGCAACAUCACCAAUCAGGGCCACUUCCAGGCGAAUGUCCUGCCCCCUAAAAGCUGACCAAAGGAAACCCCAGGAACCAGAGGCUAGAGGACAUGUGGACUUUGGGACAUGCCUGAGAACGGCUAACAGGAGCUCCAUAAGGACAAACAUGGCGACACUGACCAUACAUGCAGUAUUUGAACAUCCCUAAUGUGUUACACUUACCUUGAAUACUUACUUAAUCCGAGCUCAUGAUUACUGACCAUCAUUAGAUGUCUGCUGGAGGUUUUGAACACAAACUGGUCUGCAAGUGAAAGAUCUGGAUUACUGUAAUCACAUGCUUAGUCUUCCUGAUCUUUGUGAACAUGGGUUUUACAAGAACUUUAACACUGACUGAGCUCAUGUAAUGUCUAAUGGAAAUGUGCCUUCAUAUUUUUAUAUUCAUAUAAUUAUUGCUAAAGUUUGGUGUGAGUCAAAGGGAGACCCAAAAAUCUUCAUGCAUGUCAUUAAUUCUAAGAUAUGGAAAUUUGAUUAGAUGUUAUAAUACCUUGGUUUUAUCAUCUAGUUCAGCCUAAUAAUAUAGUCCUAAAAAUAAAAGUGCUUUAAAUAGUUCUAAGUAAUGCCAUAGACUAAUCACUUUUAUUUCAUAAAGAACCAUUAUUAUAAUUAUAGUGAAGAAUUAUUCAAUUGUAAGAACCUUUAAAAAUGUUUAAUUUAGGUCUAUACAAUGUUCAUCACACUCAUAAAUCACAAUUACAUUAAGAAUUUUCUCUGUGGUAAACUUGAAUAACCAAAGUGAAUAAACAAUUUUAAAUAAGGUUACAUGAAUUAAGUGUUUACAACAGAAUGUCUGAGCUGAUUAUAAUUCAUAUUAAAAACUAGUUUAAGACAUUAUUUACCCUCUAUAGCAUAACAUUGAUGAUAUUUGUUGUGGAAAAAAAAAUCAGCACGAUUUCAGUGUGAUCUAACUCCGCGAUGUUGCUCUGAGGCAACAAAUAUAAAAAAUCCUGGGGAGUAAUUUAAAAUAGAAUAGUCAGUAAGCUUUAAAGUAGGCAUUUAAACAUAUUUCUUUAUAUAUUAAAACAUUAGGGGACACAGGAUAUUUAAAAAAGUGCUUUUGUUGCCUGAGGGCAACACCAUGUCAUAGAGGGUUAAUCACAUUAAACACAUUUUUAACUAAUGUCUAAAUUCAUUGUUUUUUACAACAUCCUUAAGCAUUAAAAUUUUAUAAUGUCUUAACUAGUGUAAAUUAAUAAAUAAUCCGCUGAGGCACUACUUAAGGUAGCACUCCUUAAGUUUUUUUUCCUUUAAAUCAAAAGCAGUCAUGUUUAAGUUACUUAAGAGUUUAACUUAAGCUAAUUUAAGCAUUGUAUUUAUUUGUUAUUAGUUUCAAGGUCAUAAAGUCAUAAAGUGAUGUCUAGUCUCUUUGUAAGUUUUAAAUGUGCAUAAUUCCCACAUCUGUGCAUCCUUGUUUACCAGCGUAAGGCAAACCACCUAGUCCAUCAAAGACCAGCUCAGGUCUUGAGCUACAUUUUUAAAGGGGUUUCCCUACCAAUUUUAGCCCAGUAUUUCCAAUGAUACAGUAAAAAGAAACAUCUUGACUGACUGAAUAGACCUGGGGCAAGUGGAAAAUUAAUUACUGUCUUUGGUUUGGGAGACCUACAGCACUAAACCUUUAUCAAUAAUCCGUCAUACAUUCAACAUGUUCAGUAAAUGCUCUUCAUAGGCUGACUGCAGUUCAUAUCUUGCACAGAAAUAGCAUUUGUUACUUUGAAUUCUUGUGUAUUAUGUAUUAAAUUUGCAACUGUUUUGA